GUACCCUUUGGGAAUCAUGGUAUAUAUGAUAUAAUUAAGCAAGAUUAUAUAUAUAGGAUGAUAAGAAUGGUGUGGUUAAUGGUGGUAGUAGGUUUGUUGGGAGGAUAUGCAUUUGUGUUUGGGUUGUUGAGAAGGAUAAACAAUUGGUACUAUGUUUGGAGAGUGGGAAAAACUAAAUACCCUCUUCCACCUGGUGAUUUGGGUUGGCCUUUCCUCGGCAACAUGCCUUCCUUCCUCAAAGCUUUCAACUCCGACCCUGAUUCCUUCAUCCAUAACCUUCUUUCCAGAUAUGGGAGGACAGGGAUGUAUAGAACGCACCUGUUUGGAUGGCCGAGCAUAAUAGUGUGCAGCCCAGAGACAUGCAGAAAGGUGCUAACUGACGUUGAGAGGCUCAAGCUUGGAUACCCGGCUUCAACCAUGGCGCUUGUAGGCAAGAGAUCAUUCCACGGCAUAUCAAACGCCGAGCACAAGCGCCUACGCCGUCUAACCACUGCUUCGAUGACUGGCCAUGACACCUUGUCCACGUAUGUUGGUCUCAUAGAGGAUAUUUCCAUCAAGUCUCUCCAUGAGUUGAGCAGCAUGGACAGACCUUUUGAGUUUCUGGUUGAGAUGAGGAAGUUCGCAUUCAAAGUUUUUACCACUAUCUUUUUUGGCUUUCAUGAUCAUGAUCACGUUGACCUUGACAUGGUAGACAACUUGUACACAAUCUUGAAUCUAGGAAUGAAGUCUAUGGCGAUCAAUCUUCCUGGCUUUGCAUUUCAUAGAGCACUCAAGGUCUCUUUCUAUAAAUGUCUUCAACUAAUUAAGUACACGGCACGAAAGAAGCUUAAGAGGAUUCUUGAAGGGGUGUUGGAGCGAAAGAGAAAUAAUAAUAAAAGAAAGGAUGAGAUGAUGAGGAGAGAUUUGAUUUCAGUAUUGAUGGAAGUGAAAGAUGAAGAGGGUAGGCAGCUGGAAGAUGAAGACAUCGUAGACUUACUUGUCAUAUUCUUGUUAGCCGGUCACGAAAGCUCUGCUCAUGGCAUCUUGUGGACCAUCAUCUACCUCACCCAACACCCCGUUCUCUUCCUUACAGCUAAGGUACGGCGAGAACAACAAGAGAUCAUCAACACAAGGCCUUCCAUGCAGACAGGAUUGGACAUUAAGGAAAUUAAGCGGAUGACUUAUUUAUCAAAGGUUAUUGAUGAGAUGCUGCGCAGAACAACUAUCUCCUUUGCAAACUUUAGACAGGCAAAAGUUAAUGUUAACAUUAAUGGUUAUACUAUACCAAAAGACUGGAAAAUCUUGGUUUGGAAUAGAGGUGUUCACAUGGAUCCUGAAACUUAUCCCAAUCCAAUGGAAUUUGAUCCUUCCAGAUGGGAUAAUUACCAUGCUAGAGCAGGGUCUUUUCUUCCGUUCGGAUUAGGAAGUCGGUUAUGUCCUGGAGGUGACCUAGCCAAGCUUGAGAUCACCAUUUUCCUCCAUCAUUUUCUUCUAAAUUACAAAAUGGAGAGAAUUAAUCCUGAUUGUCCGGUGAUUUAUUUACCGGUGCCAAGGCCAAGUGACAACUGCCUUGCAAAAAUUGUGAAGGCCACAUAAAUCGCAGAAGAUACUUAGCGUUAAUAUUUUUCAUUACUCCUUCUAAAUAAUAUCUUUGAAUAAUUGAGCCCUCAGGGGCAUGGAAUUUUAAUAUUCGUUUUAGCAAAUAGUCCAAUAAAACAAAAAUGGAGAGAAAUGAAAUCGUUGGUAGUUGGUAGUGCAUUUUGAUUUGAUAAGAGUUUGUCCACAAAUUAAAUUAAUUUCAAUUAAGAAAGCAGAGUUAUGAAA